AUGUUGCCGGUGACAAUAGCCUGCCCUGCGUCCUGUGUGGUGUGCACCCAAGAUGUCACCCUGUGUCACCAGCUAACCUACAUAGUAGCAGCUCCCGAGAGCACCAGGGUUCUAAUCCUUACAGACGGACACCUCUCUGUAGUGCACAGUACCAACCUGACGCUCCUGGUUAACCUGGCCCUGCUCUCUCUGAGCAGAAACGCAAUCUCCAGAAUCCAGGAAGGCUCCUUGCACGGCCUCACCAAGCUGCGGACCUUGUCUCUGGGACACAACCGUAUCCCCAGUGCUUCUCUGCCCGACCACACCUUCAGCAAGCUGCGCAGCCUGCAGGUCUUGGUCCUGAGCCACAACGCUCUCCGCAGCCUGAGAGCGGCCUGGUUCCGGAACACCAGGGCCCUGAGCCGACUCCUGCUGGACGGCAAUCAGAUCAGCAACCUCACACGGAGUUCCUUUGAAGGCGCCAACCUCCACAGACUCAGGCAUCUGGACUUAUCCAACAAUUUCAUCUCCUUCAUCGAGAAGGAUGCCUUCCGGCCGCUGCCCCAGCUGCAGGCAGUGGACCUUUCUAGAAACAUGUUGGCCCACAUGCCGGAUGCCUUCACCCCGCUGAAGCAACUCAGCCUUCUGAGCUUGGAGGGCAACCGAUGGAGCUGCGUCUGCGAUCUCUACCCGCUGGCCCGCUUCCUGCGAGACUUUGUGAGGUCUCCAGCUCACACUCUCCGUCCCACCGAAGGCCUAAACUGUCGGGUGUCCCCCCCAGCUGUGGACGCUGCAAAGAGCAUGCUCAGGCUGUCUGAGACCAACUGUGACUCCAAGGGGCACAACCACACUCUGGCGCCGAAGGACAGGCGUCCCCUCCUCCCUGGGCAGGAUGCGGCUCUCAUAACUGUGCUCGUCUUUGCAGGAGCCAUUGGUCUCACAUGUGUGGGGUUAGUCAUAUUUAACCGGAAACUCCAACAAGGCAGAGCAAAUGAACCCACAUCCAAAACCCUUUGUUGCAGAACCCUCAAUGGAUCCCUGUGUGCUCGUGAAGCCAGAAAUGGCCAUGCCGUGGGGUGCUGUAACUGCCACUUAACUCGAGAGAAUGAGACAGAGGUCAUGGCCGAUGUGGGCUCCAGAAAGGAAACAGCACUUAGCCAGGAGAGCAGCCACCGAGCAACGCCGGCCUCCCAGCCCACAGCCGUGGAUGCAUCACUCAGAGAGCUGAAAGGGAGAAACCACGGGGCAGGCCGUGUGAGAGCCUGCCUGUGUGAGGGACUGCCACAGGCAGAAUGCACAAGGCCUCCCAGGAAUGAGAAGGAUCUUUGUGAUACAGGCUUAGUUACAAGGUGUUGUUCAAAGACAGCUGAAGAGCUAAGCAGCCUGAACCACGCGGAAGUCCAGCCUCAAAUCCUGCCUCAGCACAGAACAAGAAAAAUAGAUUCGAGCGGUGACAUAUUUCGAAGCAGAUAUGUGACCUCUGCCUCAACCUUGGAGAGAAAGAAUCUUGGGAAGCAUUCAGCACACAGAUCCUGGCAGCCUCCAAUAGGAAAUGGAGACGGUACCGCACAGCCUCCCAGCCAGAGCGCUUUCAUCACCAGGGCACCCUCCAAGCUGGGGGAGCCAGGGGAGUGUGCUGCAGGCAAAGUCUUCCGCCGCAGAGAGGGCUAUGGCGCUCAACACGGCCCCUUAAAGCAGGGCAAGCCCACAGAUCCUCACUCCAGCACUUCCUUUACCUGCAAAUAUGUGUCCUGGGAUGAAUUUCAAGAUUUUAGGAAAAAGAAUAAGCCAGAUAGCAGAAAACACACAAGAUUUGAGAAAGAACAAAUCCAAAUUAACAGAGCAAUAGAAAAAUUUCUCAGGAGCCAGGGAAGCAAAGAAAAACUGAGGCUGCCAGAAAGAAUCAAGAAGGCAUAUUCUACCAAGAGGGUUAAAUUCCGGGACCCUGGUGUGGUGAGGGCCAACAGGCUGGUGCUAUCUGCAGAAGCACCAGUGUCCUGGACACAGCUAGAUAGUGAAAGCCAGCACGCGACUUCCUCGGAUCUCAACAACCGUGCCAGCCUGGAGGAGGUCAAGGAAGCGAAAGAAAGGCUUCCAGAGCAUCUGCCUCUGAAAAAGAAGAGGUCCAAGCCGUCUCCUCUGAGUGAGAAAGUGAAGGGACAUAAUUUAAGGAUAAAGUUAGAUCUGAACCCCCUUGGAAAAGCUAAGGUCCACCCGGAGGAAUCCCCCAAAAAGCUCCCCAAGAGACAUAAACAAACAAGGUUACAUCCCAAGAAACCAGCCAGAACUUCUGAAAGAACAUUCAGAGCAAAACCUCUGUCUUCUGUCAGUUUUCAGCUUCCAGAGAGGAGCAGCCAUGCUAAGCUCACAAGCUCAAAGGUACCGCUGGAGGGCGCCCCAGAGCAGACCCCUCACCAGGAUGGCACUCUCCGGGUUGACAGCUUGUCUGUAGGCAGCAAGGGUUCUACGCAGGGCAGUUGCUGCCCGGUGGGCCAGGCUCCUAAUGGAAGCACAUCAAUACUGCCGCAACCUACAGUCACGGCUGCUGAGCACCAGCCCUCACACCCUCUUUUCUUACCGGAGCAAAUGGUGAAUGCUACUCAUCUACAAGUCCUAGGCCCCUCCGCAGCCUGUCUGGGGAAUGUAGGGAAGAGGGUUUUACCACCUCAACACUCCAGGGGAGUUAUUGACCACCUAGUGAUAAUGUCUGCUCAAUACGUGGACCAGGACAAAUUAAAGAUCAAUGAGUUAAACCACUUUGCUUUGUCCCUUGGUAACCAGGUGAUCGACACCUUCAGCAAAGGUCACCGUUUAGAUGAGAAUCAAGUGUUAAAACAGGAAGAGCAAAACUCAAGCCACGAACAGCUUGGAAGUGAGGAAAAAACAUUAACAAAUGAAUUGAAACUAUCACAUGAAACUGCGGAAAAUUGUAUUACAGACGGGGAUGGAAUCAAUACAGAAAACAAGAUUCCUCAGCUAGAGGAUCGGGACUCCUCUCCCACGGCUUCCACACAGCUCCACAAUCACCUGCCGAUCCUGGUGGGGCAUUGCAUGCCACACCAACAGGAGAACAACGGAAGGGAAACCCACAGCAAACGUGCAUCGCCCAGAGACAAGCAUGGAGAACCACCAGGAGCACAGUCAGGGAUGAAAGAACAGGGACAAGCACUUGCGGGGACAGAGAAUCCUAGCGCAGGAAGCUGGAUGACACAGAUGCGCUCCACGGAUGGAAGCCCGCGGACACUGGACGGUGGCGGGGAGGAGGAUCUUGUCCUGUGCCGUCCCAGCUCUGACAAGGGGGUAGUUUCCAUUAAAGACUUGAGUGACACAGACCCUCAACCUCACAAUCACAGGCCUCAUUGA